UCAGGGUCCUUUCCCGCGGGGCGCCCCGGGCUGCGUGCAGCUCACCUCUAGGCAGGGGGCGCCAUGGCCGCGGAGAGACCACAAAGCCGGGGGUGGGCCCUGUGGGGCGCGCUCCUCCCACGCGGGUGUCAGGUUUACGGAACCGAGCUCCCAGGCCGGACGCGCGGUGGCCUGAUGGUCUCGAGGAUUACAUUCGCCUGACCCGGCCUGGCUUGACCCUGCCCGGGCGCGCCAUGUUCGCUCGUGGGUCCCGGAGGCGCCGCUCGGGACGUGCGCCUCCAGAGGCAGAGGACCCAGACCGGGGCCAGCCCUGCAACUCCUGCAGGGAGCAGUGCCCCGGCUUCCUGCUGCACGGCUGGAGAAAGAUCUGCCAGCAUUGCAAAUGCCCACGGGAGGAGCACGCAGUGCACGCAGUGCCUGUGGACCUGGAACGCAUCAUGUGUCGGCUAAUCUCGGACUUCCAGCGCCAUUCCAUCUCCGACGAUGACUCGGGCUGUGCAUCGGAGGAGUAUGCCUGGGUGCCCCCAGGCCUUAAACCGGAGCAGGUGUAUCAGUUUUUCAGCUGCCUCCCAGAGGACAAGGUCCCCUACGUCAACAGUCCUGGGGAGAAAUACAGGAUCAAGCAGCUGCUGCACCAGCUGCCCCCACACGACAGUGAGGCACAGUACUGUACCGCACUGGAAGAGGAGGAGAAGAAAGAGCUCAGAGCCUUCAGCCAGCAGCGGAAGCGGGAGAAUCUGGGGCGUGGCGUUGUGCGCAUCUUCCCGGUGACUAUCACUGGGGCCAUCUGUGAGGAGUGCGGGAAGCAGAUUGGAGGUGGGGACAUCGCAGUGUUUGCCAGCCGUGCAGGCCUGGGUGCCUGCUGGCACCCACAGUGUUUUGUGUGCACCACGUGCCGGGAACUUCUGGUUGACCUCAUCUACUUCUACCAUGCUGGAAAGGUCUAUUGCGGGCGUCACCAUGCCGAAUGCCUGCGUCCACGCUGCCAAGCCUGUGAUGAGAUCAUCUUCUCCCCUGAGUGCACGGAAGCGGAGGGCCGCCACUGGCAUAUGGAUCACUUCUGCUGCUUCGAGUGUGAAGCUUCGCUAGGAGGGCAGCGCUAUGUGAUGCGUCAGAGCCGCCCCCACUGUUGCACCUGCUACGAGGCCCGCCAUGCGGAGUACUGUGAUGGCUGUGGGGAGCACAUCGGCCUGGACCAAGGCCAGAUGGCUUACGAGGGCCAGCACUGGCAUGCCUCAGAGCGCUGCUUCUGCUGUAGUCGCUGCGGGCGGGCCCUACUGGGCCGUCCAUUCCUGCCACGCCGAGGCCUAAUCUUCUGCUCUCGAGCCUGCAGCCUUGGGUCUGAGCCCACCGCUCCAGGGCCAGGCCGCCGCAGCUGGAGUGCCGGCACUGUCACAGCCCCACUUGCAGCCUCCACAGCCUCUUUCUCUGCUGCGGAGGGGGUGUUGGAGACCACCACCAAAGGCACCUGCACGGAGUCAGAGCCAGCUGCAGGCCCCGAGGAGCCCUCCCACUUUCUGAGAGGGGCCCCCCACCGCCACUCCAUGCCGGAGCUGGGGCUCCGCAGCGCCCCCGAGCUUCCCCCAGAGUCCCCCAGCCAGCCUAACCCGCGUCCGGAUGAUAGUGUCUUCGGUCGCCAGAGCACCCCACGUGUCAGCUUCCGCGACCCUCUGGUGUCUGAAGGAGGUCCACGCCGGACCCUGAGUGCACCCCCGGCCCAGCGCCGCAGGCCACGCAGUCCCCCACCCAGGGCCCCCAGCCGUCGCCGCCACCGUCACAAUCACCGUCACCGUCACCACCACCAUCACCAUCACCACGGAAACCCAAGCAGACGUCGCCACUAUCAGUGUGACGCGGGAUCAGGGUCAGACUCGGGAUCUUGCUCCAGCUCGCCCUCCAGUUCCAGUUCCGAAUCCUCAGAGGAUGAUGGCUUCUUCCUAGGCGAGCGCAUUCCUCUGCCCCCCCAUUUGUGCAGGCCCACUCCUGCUCAGGACACUGCAACGGAGACCUUCACCUCCCCAUCUUCAUUGCUCCGCAGGGACUCUCGCCCGAGACAGGCCCGAGACAAGAACUGUAUCUUGGCUUGAAGGCAGGACGUCCAGCAGGGGGCUCCAUUCUCCAGUCAGAGUAGACCAUGAGGCCCAUAGCCCCACCCUCACACCACACCCUCACGACCUAAGUCAUAAAUCCUCUUCCUCCCUCCUUU